CCGCCCCCUCCCCCACCCCCGCUCCUGGACCCGCCAGUGGGGUCUGGAUCCCACUGUGCCGUCGCCGCCUCCUUUUUCGACGCCUUCACGGCCACCAGAAGAGGCGACCUGGUCGGGAGUUCCGCCGCCGCUGCCAGGUGCCCAGGCUAAGCUUUGAACUUGAAACCCUUCUUCCUCAGCCUCCCAAAUAUGUGGGAUAACAGAAUGGAUAGAAUGACAGAAGAUGCUCUUCGUCUGAAUCUUUUGAAGAGGAGUUUGGACCCGGCAGAUGAGCGAGAUGAUGUCCUGGCAAAACGACUGAAAAUGGAGGGGCAUGAGGCCAUGGAACGGCUGAAAAUGUUGGCACUGCUCAAAAGGAAAGAUUUGGCAAAUCUUGAGGUACCGCAUGAGUUACCUACCAAACAAGAUGGCAGUGGUGUCAAGAGUUAUGAAGAGAAACUUAAUGGAAAUCUCAGGCCUCAUGGAGACAACAGGACUGCUGGAAGGCCAGGCAAAGAAAACAUCAAUGAUGAACCUGUGGAUAUGAGUGCUCGACGGAGCGAACCAGACCGAGGAAGGCUAACUCCUUCCCCAGAUAUAAUUGUUUUGUCUGAUAAUGAGGCUUCCAGUCCCCGAUCCAGCUCCCGGAUGGAAGAGAGACUCAAAGCAGCCAACCUAGAGAUGUUUAAGGGGAAAGGCAUUGAGGAACGGCAGCAGCUUAUUAAGCAACUGAGGGAUGAGCUAAGAUUGGAAGAAGCUCGUCUGGUGCUGUUAAAGAAACUGAGACAGAGUCAGCUACAGAAAGAGAAUGUGGUCCAAAAGACUCCAGUUGUACAGAAUGCAGCAUCUAUUGUCCAGCCAUCUCCUGCACAUGUGGGACAACAAGGCUUAUCUAAACUUCCCUCCCGGCCUGGAGCUCAAGGGAUUGAACCUCAAAAUCUGAGAACAUUACAGGGUCACAGUGUCAUCCGUUCAGCAGCCAACACCACCCUUCCACACAUGUUGAUGUCUCAACGUGUUAUUGCACCAAAUCCAGCCCAACUUCAGGGCCAGCGGGGGCCACCGAAACCUGGCAUUGUACGCACCACAACACCUAACAUGAAUCCUGCCAUCAGUUACCAACCACAGUCAAGUUCUUCUGUUCCCUGUCAGCGCACAACGUCGUCUGCCAUCUAUAUGAACCUCGCCUCCCAUAUUCAGCCAGGGACUGUGAACAGAGUGUCCUCACCACUUCCUAGCCCCAGUGCCAUGAGCGAUGCUGCCAACUCACAGGCUGCAGCCAAAUUGGCUCUUCGGAAACAGCUGGAAAAGACGCUCCUGGAGAUACCACCACCAAAACCUCCCGCUCCCUUACUUCACUUCCUGCCUAGUGCAGCCAAUAGCGAGUUUAUCUACAUGGUAGGCCUGGAAGAAGUCGUACAGAGUGUCAUUGACAGCCAAGGCAAAAACUGUGCCUCACUUCUGAGGGUCGAACCCUUUGUAUGUGCCCAGUGCCGCACAGAUUUCACCCCUCAUUGGAAGCAAGAAAAGAAUGGUAAGAUCCUCUGUGAGCAGUGUAUGACUUCCAACCAGAAAAAGGCUCUAAAAGCUGAACACACUAACCGGCUGAAAAACGCUUUCGUUAAAGCUCUACAGCAGGAACAGGAAAUUGAGCAGCGGUUACAGCAGCAGGCAGCACUGUCCCCAACUACAGCUCCAGCUGUGUCCAGUGUCAGUAAACAGGAGACCAUCAUGAGACAUCAUACACUUCGACAGGCUCCACAGCCCCAGAGUAGCCUCCAGCGUGGUAUACCCACAUCUGCCCGCUCCAUGCUUUCAAACUUUGCACAGGCACCCCAGUUGUCUGUGCCAGGUGGCCUCCUUGGCAUGCCAGGUGUCAACAUUGCAUACUUGAACACUGGCAUCGGAGGACAUAAAGCCCCAAGCUUGGCAGACCGGCAGCGUGAAUACCUUCUAGACAUGAUCCCUCCCAGGUCUAUAUCUCAGUCCAUCAGUGGGCAGAAAUAACGCCUGUCCCACUCGUGCUGCCCCAUCCUUGAACCCUUUCCCCAUUUCUCCCACUGCCCCCACUUCCGUCGCAUGCAGUGCCUGUGCUGGUGCCUACCAUACACGGAAAGCAAAACCGAAAAAAAAAACAGAAGACAGAAAUAGACAUCAACAAGAAAACACAUGCCCCGCCCUGCCACCUCCCCUUGAUUUCACACUGCUGCGAUCUGUUCUCCUGCUGCUCUGUCUUCUCUCUUUGAUUUCCUUUAACAGUGAGGUGGGAUCUUUGCCUCUGAUAGAGGUCAGAAUGAGGUCCUGGGGAGAAUUUAAGCCCUUUGAUGUGUGUUUCUAAAGUUUGUUUUAUGCUAUAAUUAUUAUCAUUUUUAAUUAUAUUGUGUGUUUUCCCUUUGUUCUGUAGACGGUUAACCCCAUCUUCUGUUUUCUUUAUGACCCUACCUCCCUCUGCUAACCCUCCUCCUUUUCUUAAAAAAAAAUAUAUAUAUAUGAUAUACAAUUCAGUGAUCACAUGCAGAUCGCAGUGGAUCCUCAGCUGCCAAUAGGAAAUAACUGAGAAUGUUAGGGACGGAGAUGUUGAGUGCACUUAACCUGAGUUGUGGAGUGGGUGUCAUCAAGCAAGUCUGAAUAGCGUCCCAGCCAUGGCUGGUCAGGAUCUGGAGAGUUCAGGAGGCAGUGUUUUGGUAAUGAAGUUGAACUCUGUGACAGUGAGUAAAAGAGCCUAAAGGGAGAACCUUAAAACAGAAAACUACCUGUAGCUUAACCAUGGGAUAUGGGGGAAGAGGUGUUACAUAAGUUCAGUAGUGUCCCAAAGAGGGCUGCAGCCAGGUCCUGACCUUCUAGGUGCUUGAAGAGUAAGAUGGGUCUCCUGACCCCAGUGAGGACACAGAAGUCUGUUCCAGGCCAAUCAUCUUGAGAUUGUUUCUCUUAUUUUCUUUGUUAAAUUGUCUCUCAUCACAUCUUCAUACCCUUUAACAAGUGUUCAUCUUCCUUCUAACCGGAGUCCCAGAGGAAUGGCAGUUUCCAGACUGCAGGUGGCUGGGUAUCCUAGAAGUUGGAAUAAGUAUACGUGAAUCAUGUGACAGAAGGGGGAAACUAGACAUAGAGGAAGAAGAGGUCUCUCUCAGCAGUUGAGAGUCUCAGGUUUCCAUCCCUGUCCCCUCUGAGUGCUGAGAGAGAAUGGGUAUAGGCCCCCAAUCAGGUUGGUAUUCCACUCUGACUCUGCUACACUGGCUGUAGAUCCAAUUCCUCAGAGCCAAGCAACUUGUCAAAUCAGCUUUGGACCUCAGCUAUACAAGUAUUGUCUUCCCCUAAGCUCCUCUACCCCCAAAUUUUUGUUCAUUUUGCCCUUUUUUUUUUUUUUUUUUUUUUUUUUUGGCACUCUUAAUGUAAAGAGUAAAUUGAAUUGUGCAAUGUCGCUGCUCUGAGGUUAGGGAGGUUAGCAUUCUUGUGCCCACACUGUGGCAAGGAGGGGGGACCAAGCUGUUGUUGAGGGAGGUUAGGGAAGCCUGAAGGCGAAGGUUUCCAACUCUCCUCAGAGUGUACAUGUACAGCCGCUACAGCUCUAGAAGCCGUCAGGGUGGACUCGGGACGCUUUGAGCAAAGAUGCAUGAGGAGUUUAUAAUACUUUGCCCUUGAUAGCCACCUGAGGAAAUUCCCUCGUUUUUAUUUUUAAAAACUAAAUAAUUUUUUUAAAGUAAGAAGGCACUUUUAAAAUUGUACACACACACGAAUUAUACACCUUUCCCAUAAAAUCUGGGGGUAGGGUGGGAAAAGAAGCUGGAUCAAGCUCAAUCCCCCACUCUGGUCUCUUCUUUCCCAGUGCCACUGUGGGUGAUUAUACUGGCCCUACGGGCCUUCCUGGCUUUUUCUUCUUCCCUUUCCCUCAGAUUCAUUGAGCACUUAAUAAAGGAGCAGAGAUGCAGCCGUGUCCAGGCUCCCAAGUGGUGAAAUGACCUGGAAGCUAGAUGCUAGUAACAAGUAGUUUAAGCAGGUCAUUUCAAGUAUUUUUCUGGGGAAUGUGGUGCCCCUGACUGUAAGUGGUGGGGGAGGGAGGGGGGGACUAAUGGAGCUGGGUUUGGGAUUAUUUUAAAAUUAUAUAUAUAUAUAUAUAAAAAGAUAUAUUCUUACAUCUUUUCCUUGCCCUCUGUGCUUUGAAAGCACUGAAUAAAUUGAUUCUGUUUUUCUCUUCCACAAAAUUGGAAGGUUUUUUUCUUCCAUUUUUUUUUUUAAAUGUUUUUACCAGUCAUCUUGCCUUGUGGCAUGUCUGUCUAACUUCUCCCUACCCCAUGAUGAAGUGCCAUUUCUGUUAAGUCUCCCUGACCCCCAACUCAGAGGUGCUCAGAGGUACACGGUGCCCAAGUUUUUCAGUUGAGAUUAAAAGGAACAGAGAAUGUGCAAUACCGUCCAGCUGGGGCCUGUCCUUGCCCUGAGCUAGGUCCUCUCCCUGGGAGCCAGGCCACUCUGACUAGGGUUUGGAAGUAAGCUGUAUAGAAAUGAAAGGGAGUGGUGGCAGGAGAAGCCUGUAGUUCAGUGCCUGUUUAGGUGCUGAGGCCAUAGGGGAGAGGGUAGGGUCUUCCCCAUUUUUAUCCCUUUGGGGUCAAUUACAUAGAAGCUGCUUGUACUGCUAGUGUAGCUCUGUGGCCCUUUGCUCAGUCACUGAGAUUUGAUUUCUCAUCCUCUUUUCCCAUCAUCAUCCUCUUCCCAGGAAUUAACGAGAGGGAUGAAAUCUUUCUUAAUCAUGGUGAAGUAUUAGCUUCCAUCUCCUCCCUUAGGUCCCGCCCUGUCCGUUCCCCUUUCUUCAAGCCUCUACAUUUUACAUCACCUAUUGCCUUGUGUCCUUCCAGGCCUUUUUUUUUUUUUUUUUUUUUUUUUUAAAGAAAAAUUAGCACAUCCUCCGGCUGUGGGCCCUUCUAGACACUAACCUUCAUGCCCUAAGGACAGGAGGGAAGCCUGAGUUCAGUGGUCCUUUACCAUUGGACUUUGACUCUGAGGUGUCAUUAGAGUGGGGAUUCAACCAAUACAAUCUAGCUUCCUCCAGACCUUGAGGCACUAUAAGCAGUCAUUCAUGGAUGGUGUCUUACUCCAUAGCAACCUGAACUGGGUGGAUUAGUGGCAAGGCUGGGGUAAAAUUAGGAGACAGAAGUCCUUAUUUGUCAGUUUUAUUUUGUCACUAGACCACAGCAUCUGAACUCCUCCAUUGCUGAAUAAGUAUUUCUCCUGCAUUUUGGGAUAUAUGUAUGGUAGACAUUUCUUUUUUAAAGACACCGAGAUAAAUGUUUUCCUGCCUUGGUUACCUUUCCUUUCCCCUUUAAAAGGAAUUAGCUAUAGAACUGCUUUGUAAAGAUGCUUCUUGAUAUUUUACUUUUGUUCCUUUCCCCCCACCAUUCCCAUUUCCCCUUUUUUCUAGAAGGCCUAACCCUUCUCUCCACAGCCCCCUCCCACUCAUCCUAGGCUCCCUUCCUCUCCAUCAAGGUCUUCAUUAGCUUAUGAUAUUUGCUGCCGAGAUGUUAUAACAAGGACUCAUUCAUGUAUAUAAGCUAUUUCUUGAUCCAUUUAAAAGGAAUUGUACAUUGUGUAGAAAAAAAAAAAACAUGAAAAAGAGAAAAAAAAAAAGCCCUAGCCAUGGAUAUUGUGAAACUGUGUUAUGUCAUUUUGUAAUGUGCCCGUUUGUGUAUGAUCCGUGCAAAAGGGUUUCUGGGGAAGGGGAGGGUGGCGGGAGGCAGGACUGUGGAGGGUGGGGACAGGAGUGGGCCCGGCCCAGCACACUGAGACUGGCAGCUGCUCCAACCCCAUCCCUCCGUAAAGAUGCCACCUCCCCCACCACCCACUCCUAUUUUGUGCCUUGCCCUCCCCGCCCUGGAGUAAUCUCUCCAGGUCACCAGCACUGCCUUGGCAGAGCCCACUCCCUACCCUAACCUGCCCACUCUUCCUACCCCCCAGCAUAAGGUUGAUACUGUGGGAAAGUGCUGGAGUUUGGGAGGUAGCCGAGGAAUGGGGCAGUUCCUGGGGGCAUUGAAACCAAGUAUUAUUAUGAAUUGUAAUUGUAUUUGCACUGUUUUCCCCCUCUGAUUGCAUCAGCAUAUAUACAAUAUACCUAUAUAACAAAAUCCAGUGUCAAAGCUUUCUUAUGCAAGGGAUUUCCCCCACCCUUCAGAAAAAGAACCUCAUGGACCUCUAAAAGGGUAGAUUGUCAGGAGAUAGUAGAAUAGUAGGAAGAAAGAAUUUUAAUGUCCUAAGGAAGUUCUAUCUGAACUAUUUAAGGUUAUGUGAUUAAGUCGAGGCUGUCUCCUGUGGAUUAUAGGGCUCCAGGUCCAGGAUUAUAGGAAGGAUCCAGGACAUAAGGAGACACAGUGUGGAUCCUGGCUACUGACUUGCUGUGUGAGCUUUGGUGGAGCUGGCGUCCUCAACCACUGACCUCCAUGCUCAAAAUUCCACACUUCUUUCCCCAUCUGCCAAAAAACAAGCACCUUGAGCUGAGGGAAGUGCUGGGCUGAGAGACCAGGGAGGAAAUGAAAGUGACUUGUUAGUGUUACUUGUAUGACAGUGUCGUUGGAAAGUAGCCUGUCCCCUGGCUCAACAUCGGUAAGGGAAAGGUGGCAGUGAUGUCGGUGUUGGACUGAUGGCAUCUUGGCUCUUGUGUUUCUAGCCUUGUCAUGACCAGGCUCCAAGCCUCACCUCACAAUCACAGUCCUUAAGGUUGGUUGACCAGCAAAUGCCCCCCAGGUUGGUAAUCUAGUUGCUGUCUCUGUGAGCUAUAGGAUGUGGAAUUUCCCUCAUCUUGGUAACAAGUAGGGCUCAGAUGUAGCCCAAAUCUUUCCUUCCCUCAGAUCUCAUCUGAACUCCCAAAGGCAACUGUUCCACAGUCUGUCUCCUUCAGGGGCCCAAUUUACCCCCCUCCCCUCUUUCCUGGGCUGAGUAUGUCUGUUCUCAAGUUACUGCCACCGAAGCCUAGAGAAAACAGGUUGGUGGGUGAGGCCUUGGUGAAGGGGGAGGAUAGAUUGGGGUGGGUGGUGGGGAGCAGGGAGGUGGGAUGGCAACGGCCUUCCCUGUAGGGUGGGUGGGAGGAACAAGACCCUUUUGCACAGCUCUCUUUUAAGUUUCCUUUUUUCUUUUUUCUUUUUUUUUUUUUAACUCAUUCUAAUUUUCUGCAUUGUGUUUGGGAAAUAAAAUGAAAAAACAAACAAAGACCAAUAGGAACUGGUUUUCAAAAGAUAAAUACACUCCCAUCUGUUUCAGAGGCUGCUGAGCUUUUCAGCAGUGAAGAUUCAAAUAAUAAGCUAAUUUUUGGAGAAAGGAUUAAAAGAAAAACUUUGUAAUAUUUAUCACUUGCAAGCUAUGUUUAAUAAAGAAAGGAAUGGUUUCUAA